CGCAGUUGCAGUUCGGCGUCCUAGGCUGGUAACACUUGAGUUAAAGGGAGUUCUGGUGUCUGCCGGGAUGUUACAGGUUGUUGGAGCUGUGGAUGAGGAAGAGGAGCAAGCGGAGGAGGAUUGCCCUGAAUUGAUCCCCAUUGAGACGAAGCUCAAAGAGACGGAAGGAAAAUCUGGCCCCGGCGCUAAGAUCCCAGUCACAAUAAUCACCGGGUAUUUAGGUGCUGGGAAGACAACACUUUUGAACUAUAUUUUGACAGAGCAACAUAGCAAAAGAGUAGCAGUUAUUUUAAAUGAAUUUGGGGAAGGUUACACAAUCAAUUUUUAUAAAUUAAUUGUGUUCCUACAUGCAAACAAGGAGAAAUCAAGAAAAUAA